UGGCCUCUGAUUUUGAAAGGAGUGUCCAGGAGGCCUUGACGGGGAGGUUAGGAACGUUGCACUGUAAUUUUAUGCCUUUUUUUUACAUUGUCAUUCAUAUAGUUUUAUUAGAUAAACUUUGUCGAGCAGUAUGCAAUGACGACGUUCAGCCAUCUUCGAAGAUCUGUUAAAGCUUUGCAAUUUUUACUACCAAGCAAGUAUAAUGUUUGUACAAGCCUUCAGCUAUUCCUACGAAAUGAAUCAACCUUUGUACCAAAACGUGUGCUUAUUGUGGCAAAAUUGUCUCGGUAUUAUUUUGAAAAAUUACGAGAACCAGACUUGACCGAAGAGCAAUUAAAAUUAAAACUGUUGGAAAGAGGAUCUGAUUAUGAGGCUAUGUUGGCUAGUCAUAUUGCAACAAAAAAUGUGCAGCAUCAAGUGAUCAAUGAGCUGAGAAAGAUGAAUAUAGAAUAUAAAAUAAUAAACAAACAAAAUCUUGACCAAUCAAAUUUUACUUGGGCUGAUUUAAUUCUUCCAAUUGGUGGUGAUGGCACAUUUCUUUUGGCAGCUAAUUUAAUAUAUGAUAACCAAAAACCAAUAAUGGGUAUUAAUUCGUAUCCUGAAUGGUCUGAAGGAUUUCUUAUGCUACCAUCAAAAUACACAAGGAGCAUACCUGAAAUUUUUGAAAGGUUAAAAGCAGGCUAUUAUCGUGUGGUAAUGAGAAGAAGAAUUAGAACAACAUUAAAGGGAGAUGGCAUCUGGGAAGCUCCUUUUCAUACACAUGAAAAAGGUCGUGUUGCAGGUGGCGAAAAAUUUUAUACACAAGACAUGCAGAAAGAAGCACCAAAUAGUCUACCAAAAGAGAGACGUUUACCCUGGUUAGCAUUAAAUGAAAUUUUUAUAGCAGAGACAUUAUCAGCUAGGACAAGUGACCUGCUCAUUAAAAUAGAUGAAGAAGAAAAGUAUCAGAGAAUGAAAAGCUCUGGUUUAUGUGUUAGCACUGGAACAGGAUCAACAUCUUGGCAUAAGUCGAUAAAUAGUGUCAAUUCGCAGAUAGUACGCGAAAUUUUGAAUCUUGUAGAUGUAAAACGGGAGUUUAGUAACGAGGAAAUAACAAAAAUUUGCACCAUCUUUAACAGUAGUUUACGUUUUGAUCCUGAGGACUUAAAAAUGUGUUAUGCUAUAAGAGAUAUGAUAAUAACUAAUCACCGACCUAUACCAAAGUGUCUGCAUUCGCGCGGAUUUUGUCGUACGUUAACAGUGAGAUCGCAGUGUUUCGAUGGCGGACUUGUUCUCGACGGUGGCAUAGCCGUUCCUUUUAAUUUUGGGGCAACAGCAGUAUUAGAGAUUUAUCCCGAAGAUUCCUUGCGAUCUUUAACCUUCGAAGAUUGACGGUUAUAAUGGUCACGGAUGAAAUUGAAUUAAACUCGCAAAGUAUUGUGGGGUAUAGGUGACUGCAGCAUAACAUGCUGAACAGAAGAAUUAAAAACAAAAAUAUGUAACAGUACCUUUGUACCUUAUAACUAUUUAAAGCGAUGGAGAAAAGACGAAUGUUUUUAUUUCAAAUGGGCAUUUACUUCAAUAUUUAGUAGAAUUAAAGAUUAUUAUAUUAGAAGAAACAACCCAUGUUCUCCCCUGUGUGUUUCCACUGUCAUUAUUUUAUAUAUCAUUGAAUAAAAUGUUUUGCAAUUCGUA